CUGAAUACUAGGUACGUUCUAUGGAUGAACUAAAUCAUGAUUUUCAAGCACUUGCUCUGGAGGGAAGAGCUAUGGGAGAGCAGCUCUUGCCAGGUAAAAAGUUUUGGGAAACAGAUGAAUCCAGCAAAGAUGGACCAAAAGGAAUAUUCCUGGGUGAUCAAUGGCGAGACAGUGCCUGGGGAACAUCAGAUCAUUCAGUUUCCCAGCCAAUCAUGGUGCAGAGAAGACCUGGUCAGAGUUUCCAUGUGAACAGUGAGGUCAAUUCUGUACUGUCCCCACGAUCGGAGAGUGGGGGACUAGGCGUUAGCAUGGUGGAGUAUGUGUUGAGCUCAUCCCCGGGCGAUUCCUGUCUAAGAAAAGGAGGAUUUGGCCCAAGGGAUGCAGACAGUGAUGAAAACGACAAAGGUGAAAAGAAGAACAAGGGUACGUUUGAUGGAGAUAAGCUAGGAGAUUUGAAGGAGGAGGGUGAUGUGAUGGACAAGACCAAUGGUUUACCAGUGCAGAAUGGGAUUGAUGCAGACGUCAAAGAUUUUAGCCGUACCCCUGGUAAUUGCCAGAAUUCUGCUAAUGAAGUGGAUCUUCUGGGUCCAAACCAGAAUGGUUCUGAGGGCUUAGCCCAGCUGACCAGCACCAAUGGUGCCAAGCCCGUGGAGGAUUUCUCCAACAUGGAGUCCCAGAGUGUCCCCUUGGACCCCAUGGAACAUGUGGGCAUGGAGCCUCUGCAGUUUGAUUAUUCAGGCACGCAGGUACCUGUGGACUCAGCAGCCGCAACUGUGGGACUUUUUGACUACAAUUCUCAACAACAGCUGUUCCAAAGACCCAACGCACUCGCAGUCCAGCAGCUGACGGCCGCUCAGCAGCAGCAGUACGCCCUUGCAGCAGCACACCAGCCACACAUUGCAGGUUUAGCUCCUGCCGCGUUUGUGCCCAAUCCAUACAUCAUCAGCGCUGCUCCCCCAGGGACGGACCCCUACACAGCUGGAUUGGCUGCAGCAGCUACGCUUGGCCCCGCUGUGGUCCCUCACCAGUAUUAUGGCGUCACUCCCUGGGGAGUCUACCCUGCCAGUCUUUUCCAGCAGCAAGCUGCUGCUGCUGCAGCUGCAACCAAUUCUGCUAACCAGCAGACCACCCCACAAGCUCAGCAAGGAGGGCAGCAGGUUCUCCGUGGAGGAGCAAGCCAGCGUCCUUUGACCCCAAAUCAGAAUCAGCAGGGACAGCAAACAGAUCCACUAGUGGCAGCUGCAGCUGUGAACUCUGCCCUUGCAUUUGGACAGGGUCUGGCUGCAGGCAUGCCAGGCUAUCCAGUUUUGGCUCCUGCUGCUUACUAUGACCAAACUGGUGCUCUUGUGGUGAAUGCAGGAGCAAGAAAUGGCCUUGGAGCUCCUGUUCGGCUUGUAGCUCCUGCUCCAGUAAUCAUUAGUUCCUCAGCAGCACAAGCAGCUGUUGCAGCGGCCGCAGCUUCAGCAAAUGGAGCCGCUGGUGGUCUUGCUGGAACAACAAAUGGACCAUUUCGUCCUUUAGGAACCCAGCAGCCUCAACCCCAGCCCCAGCAGCAGCCUGGUAACAGCUUGGCAUCCAGCUCUUUCUAUGGCAACAACUCCCUGAGCAGCAACUCCCAGAGCAGCUCCCUCUUCUCCCAGGGCUCUGCCCAGCCUGCCAAUACGUCUUUGGGAUUUGGAAGCAGCAGUUCACUUGGCGCGACCCUGGGAUCAGCCCUCGGAGGGUUUGGAACUGCAGUUGCAAACUCCAACACUGGCAGUGGCUCCCGCCGUGACUCCCUGACUGGCAGCAGUGACCUUUAUAAGAGGACAUCGAGCAGCUUGACCCCCAUUGGACACAGUUUUUAUAACGGCCUUAGCUUUUCCUCCUCUCCUGGACCCGUGGGCAUGCCUCUCCCUAGUCAGGGACCAGGACAUUCACAGACACCACCUCCUUCCCUCUCUUCACAUGGAUCCUCUUCAAGCUUAAACCUGGGAGGACUCACAAACGGCAGUGGAAGAUACAUCUCUGCUGCUCCUGGUGCCGAAGCCAAGUACCGAAGUGCGAGCAGUGCCUCCAGCCUCUUCAGCCCCAGCAGCACCCUUUUCUCUUCCUCUCGCUUGAGAUACGGAAUGUCUGAUGUCAUGCCCUCUGGCAGGAGCAGACUGUUGGAAGAUUUUCGAAAUAACCGGUACCCUAAUUUACAACUGCGCGAGAUUGCUGGACAUAUAAUGGAAUUUUCCCAAGACCAGCAUGGUUCCAGAUUCAUUCAGCUGAAACUAGAGCGUGCCACAGCAGCUGAGCGCCAGCUUGUGUUCAACGAAAUCCUCCAGGCUGCUUACCAACUUAUGGUGGAUGUAUUUGGAAAUUAUGUCAUCCAGAAGUUCUUUGAAUUUGGCAGCCAUGAACAGAAGCUGGCUUUGGCAGAACGGAUUCGAGGCCAUGUCCUAUCACUGGCACUGCAGAUGUAUGGCUGCCGAGUUAUCCAGAAAGCUCUUGAAUUUAUCCCCUCAGACCAGCAGGUAAUUAACGAGAUGGUUCGGGAACUAGACGGCCAUGUCCUCAAGUGUGUGAAAGAUCAGAAUGGCAACCAUGUGGUCCAGAAGUGCAUUGAAUGUGUGCAGCCCCAGUCCUUGCAGUUUAUCAUUGAUGCAUUUAAGGGGCAGGUAUUUGCUUUGUCCACACAUCCUUAUGGCUGCCGUGUGAUUCAGAGAAUCCUGGAGCACUGUCUCCCUGACCAGACCCUUCCUAUCCUAGAGGAGCUUCACCAGCACACGGAGCAGCUUGUGCAGGAUCAGUAUGGAAAUUAUGUAAUCCAACACGUACUGGAGCAUGGUCGCCCUGAAGAUAAAAGCAAAAUUGUAGCAGAGAUCCGAGGCAAUGUGCUUGUAUUGAGUCAGCACAAAUUUGCAAGCAAUGUCGUGGAGAAGUGUGUUACGCAUGCGUCACGUACGGAGCGUGCUGUGCUCAUCGAUGAGGUGUGCACCAUGAACGACGGUCCCCACAGUGCCUUAUACACCAUGAUGAAGGACCAGUAUGCCAACUACGUGGUCCAGAAGAUGAUCGAUGUGGCAGAGCCUGGCCAGCGGAAGAUUGUCAUGCAUAAGAUCCGGCCCCACAUCGCCACUCUACGCAAGUACACUUACGGCAAGCACAUCUUGGCCAAGCUGGAGAAGUACUACAUGAAGAAUGGUGUGGACUUGGGGCCCAUCUGUGGUCCCCCGAAUGGUAUUAUCUGAGCAGUGCAGCCCAUUCCCGAGCCCGCUGACCUCGCUGAUCCCCGGCAGAUCCAACCAGCAGCCGCAAGGGUCCUGAGGCCGGCGUCUCGGGCCAGUGGUUGCUGCAGGGUUGUGCCCUCCCAGAAACGAAUCAACUCCGCAGUCAAAAGGACGUGCAAAAGUUGAGCCCUGCCCACCCAGCCUUCCUACAAUCAGAGCCCUCCACCCACCCACCCGCCCACCUGUAAAGUGUCAACUGCCCUUUCUUUUUGUACAGAAGAUGAACUGUAUUUUGCAUUUUGUCUACUUGUAAGUGAAUGUAACAUACUGUCAAUUUUCUUCGUUUGAAUAUAGAAUUGUAACACUACGCGGUGUACAUUUCCAGAGCCUUGUGUAUAUUUCCAAUGAACUUUUUUGCAAGCACACUUGUAACCAUAUGUGUAUAAUUAACAAACCUGUGUAUGCUUAUGCCUGGGCACCUAUUUUUUGUAACUCUUGUGUAGAUUGUCUCUAAACAACGUGUGAUCUUUAUUUUGAAAAAUACAGAACUUUGGAAUCUGA